UUCGCUGCGGUGCUGGGCCGGGGCUGCGGGGCGGCCGGGGCUGCGGGGCCGGAGCUGAGUGCGCGGGCUCCGCGGCGCUGAGCUGGAGAGGAGGCGUGCCUCCGCGGAGGCCGGCACUACAGGAGACUCUGUUUUCUCCCCCAAAAGUUCAUCUCGAGGAAGUAGCGACGGGGAGACCAGGAGCCGGGCUCGGCCGCUACGCUGUGCGUGCUUCCCGGGCCAGUCUGCCGGGUGGCCUGCGAGGCUCGGGGAAGAUGCUCCAGGUCCUGGUGCUGAAGAUUGAAGAUCCAGGUUUAUUCUGGGUUAUUAUAAAAGGAUGUAGUCCCUUUUUACAUCAUGAAGCUGACUAUCAAAAACUAAAUAGUGCCAUGAAUGACUUCUAUAAUAACAGGUGUCAAGAUACAGAACUAAAACCACUAAUGUUGGAAGAAGGGCAGGUUUGUGUGGUUUAUUGUCAGGAACUGAAGUGCUGGUGCAGGGCUGUUAUUAAGUCAAUAGUGUCUUCAGCAGACCAUUACCUCACAGAGUGUUUUCUUGUGGAUUUUGCCAAGUACAUUCCAGUGAAAUCCAAAAAUAUUCGAGUUGCAGUAGAAACUUUUAUGCAGCUUCCCUACAGAGCAAAAAAAUUCAGACUGUACUGCACAAAACCUGUCACAUUGCACAUUGACUUCUGUGAAGACAGCACUGAGAUUGUACCUGCCAAGAAGUGGGACAGUGCAGCUACUCGGUACUUUCAGAACAUCCUAAAAGCAGCUACCCAGGUGGAAGCCAAAUUGUGUGCUGUGGAAGAAGAUACUUUUGAGGUUUACCUUUAUGUAACUACAAAAAAUGAAAAGGUUUGUGUGAACGAUGAUCUGGUUGCAAAGAACUUCGCUUGUUAUGUAUCACCCACGGAGAAUAAGAACCUUGAUUCUUCAGAGAAACCAAGAUUGAAUGUAAAGUCAGCAUCCUUUUCCAGUAAACUCAAUCCAGCACUUACUCUUUGGCCAAUGUUUUUGCAAGGAAAAGAUUCUCAAAGGAUGGAAAAGUCAAGUGGUUUAACUUUUCUGGCAAAGUCUCUCCAGCAUCCGUUGCCCACGGGUGUCGGUGACCUCGGGUCAACUGCUAGGAUCCUGGAUACAGCUAUAAAGUGUAAUAUGGAUUCAUUGAGAGAUUCACCCCCCAAAAAAUCAGAAAAGAAACAACAGUGCAUCUCCUUAAAAGAUUGUGUUGAGUCUUCAGUGUAUUGGCCAAUGAAAAGAGGCAUAACCAUAUAUGCCAAUCCAGAUAUACCAGCAGCAAGUGCUUUAUGUCGGAAGUCAAAUGGAAAACCACUUAGAUCGGCUGAGAAGAAAGAAUACAAUGAGAAGAAUGGCUGUGUGAAACUGUUGCAGUUUCUAAAUCCUGAUCCUUUGAGAGCCAGUGGAAUCUCUGAUCUGCAGCAGAAGCUGAAGUCGGGCUCCCGGCUGCCCUUGGUGGUUCCGCGGACCAGGGUCGAGCCCUGCUUGUCCAUCAACACGGCGCCACUCUCGGCAGACCUGAAAAAGGCUCUUCAAAGAAAUAAGUUUCCGGGCCCCAGCCACACUGAAUCUUACUCUUGGCCUCCCAUAGCACGUGGCUGUGACGUGGUGGUCAUUUCUCAUUGUGGAAAUGACCCUUUGUUGUACCUUCCACCACUGCUUACGAUUUUGCAAACAGGGGGCUGCUACAAGUCGUUACCAAGUAGAAAUGGACCUCUGGCAGUCAUCGUGUGCCCUGGGUGGAAAAAGGCCCAAUUAAUUUUUGAAUUAUUGGGAGACUAUAGCAGGUCCUCCAGGCCUGUUCAUCCUGUGAUAUUAAUAAUCGGACUCCACGAAGAUGAAGCCAAAAAUAUGAAGCUUCCAAGGGGGUGCAAUGUAAUUGUUACAACACCACAUAGCCUCCUGAGACUUCUCAAAUAUCAAAGCUUGUUAUUUCUUAGACUCUGUCACCUGAUUUUGGAUGAGGUAGAAGUAUUAUUCUCUGAAGCUAAUGAACAAUUAUUUCCUAUAUUAGAUAACUUUAAAAAAAAUGUUGAAGAAAGGGAAUCUGCCCCACAUCAGAUUGUUGCAGUUGGAGUUCAUUGGAACAGACAUAUAGAGCAGUUAAUCAAAGAGUUCAUGAACGACCCCUACAUUGUGAUCACAGCCAUGGAGGAGGCUGCCCUCUAUGGCAGAGUCCAACAGGUAGUACAUCUUUGUCUGGAAUGUGAAAAGACCUCCACUUUACUCCAAACUCUUGAUUUCGUUCCAAGUCAGGCACAAAAGACCUUGAUCUUCACCGGUUCUGUAGCUGAAACAGAAACGGUGUGUAAGGUAGUAGAAAGCAGUUCCAUAUUUUGCUUGAAAAUGCAUAAAGAAAUGAUUUUUAAUUUAGAAAGUGUUUCAGAACAGUGGAAGAAGAAGUUAAGUUCUGGUUCUCACAUUCUAUUAGCCUUAACAGAUGAUUGCAUACCACUCUUGGCCAUCACCGAUGCCACGUGUGUGAUUCACUUCAGCUUUCCUUCCUCGCCAAAAAUUUUUGGUCGACGCCUGUAUUGCAUGUCUGAUCGUUUUCAGAGUUUAACUGAACAGGGUUCUCCUACGGAACAGGGAGAUAAAAAAACCAAAUCUGUAUUGCUGCUGACGGAGAGAAAUGCCUGCCAUGCAGUUGGUGUCCUGCGCUACUUGGAGCGAGCAGAUACCAAGAUUCCUUCAGAGCUGUACGAGUUUACUACAGGGGUUCUGGAAGCCAAAGAAGAUAAAAAAGCCAGAAGGCCUCUUUGUCCGUAUCUUAAGGCUUUUGGUUUUUGCAAAGACAAAAGGAUCUGUCCUGAUCGACACCAUAUUAAUCCAGAAGUAGACACGCCAAGGAAAUUAUCCAACCAAACUCUACCAGUGUUUGGAUACAUAAAAAUAAUACCCUUUUAUAUUUUGAAUGCAACAAAUUACUUUGGUCGUAUAGUUGAUAAACAUGUGGAUCUUUAUGCAACUCUUACUGCUGAAAUGAAAGAGUAUUUUGAAGAUUCCAGUAAUAAAACAACUGUUGAAAAGGUGGAGAAAUUUGGAUUAUAUGGAUUUGCAGAAAAAGUAGUUUUUCACAGGGUUCAGGUGUUGGAGAUGAGCCAGAAGGAGGACACGUGGGCCCUGGAUAAUGUCCUCGUGAAGUUCAUAGAUGAAGGCAGGACCGAGCUCAUCACAAGAGACCAGUUGCUUCACCUCCCGGAACGUUUCCACACUCUGCCGCCCCAGGCUGUGGAGUUUAUCGUUUGUAGAGUGAAACCUGCAGACAAUGAAAUUGAAUGGAAUCCAAAGGUUACUAGGUACAUUCAUCAUAAAAUUAAUGGGAAACUGCAUGAUGCAAAAGUGAUGUUGGCUUUAGGAAAUACGGUUUGGAUUGAUCCAAUGGUGCAUGUUACAAAACUUUCAAACUUGAAAACUUCUGUCAUUGAUUAUAAUGUUCGAGCUGAAAUUUUGUCAAUGGGAAUGGGCAUUGAUAACUCAGGACAUGUAGAACAACUGAAAAAAUUAUACAAAGGAGCUAAAAUGCCAACUUCUGAAGAAAGCGUAAGCCAGACCCUGAUGCCUUCUUCCACAGAAGAUGAUGCUCGUCUGCAGAGCACACAGCAAGAGGACAAGGGCUCAGAGAGAGCUGCUGACUCCCAGACAAAGUCAGAAAACCCAACACAUGAAACUUUACCUGAAAACACUGGAGAUGCUUCCAUUAAAAAAACUACAGGGCCUCUGAAAAGCUUCCACCCACAGAUAAAAUGGUUCCAAAAAGAGGAUGUGGUCAUAUUGAAGAUAAGAAUAAGGAAUGUAAAAGAUUAUAAAUGUGAAUACUUUAGAGAUAGAGUUGUUUUCAGUGCCUGGGUGGGAGAGAAAUUUUACUUGGCUGAUUUGGAGCUGCAGGCCAACAUAAUAAAAGAUGAUUGCAAAUGCAUAGUGAAAAAUGAUGAACCAAUAAUCACUCUUUCAAAAGAGAAAAAGGAGUCUUGGUGUGGCUUACUCAGACAGAGGAAUCCUAACGUGGCUUUUGAUUUUGAUCACUGGGAAGAAUGUGACGAGGAUAAGGAGGAUAGCCACUUUUCCAGGCUGUAAAUUCUAAAAACCCCUCCUGCAAAGCGGUAGAGCUGGUUGAGACCAGUGACAAAGCUUCAGAUGAAGAUGAAA